AUGUGGAAUCUGAGUGUCAUAAUUAUCCUUAACAAUCAAGCUGAUCUUAACUUUCCUUUCAGUGGACGUAUCGCCGCGUAUGGCAGUCCCGAUGCCACCAGCGCCAUCACCUAUGAUACCACCGGCGCUAACUUCAUCCGCUGCAACAUCAGGUCCGCUCUCGGCACCUUCCGCGUUCAGUUCGUCGUCGAUCACAGCACAUCGUUCGCUGCAAACGAUCUUGGACGCGAUUCGACAUCUUGA